AUGGAAUCGGAGGCGGCCGCGAAAACGGAGGUCAUCAAAAUUGAAAGCGAGGACGAGUCGGUCUUGGAGGACUGCAGCGGAUCCGAUGGAGAGGUGAUUGAUGAGAAUGAGGUGAUGGCGGAUGAAGAGGGUGAAACGGAAGGAGAGGUGGCUACGGAGAUGGAGGAAGAGGAGGUGGCGACGGAGGUGGGCGAUGUGGACGAAGCGGGGAUCGACGAAAGCGGAGAAUGCGGAAGACGGACUUAG